CGACACUGAGAGGGAAGGAACGUGUUCCACACCAGUCUGACGUGUUUCCGAAAUUUCUGUUAAGUGUUUUGGGGGAAAUCUUCCGAUUGCCAGAAAAUUCAGAUGGUGGCGAAUUGGUGCUUAGCGGAGAUGCCUGUUAAUAGCUUUGUUGAGCGCGAUGUUAUGGAAAACGUGGAUGUUAUCAACUCCGCAAUUGCCGGUCCGACAGUGACCACAUCGAACAGUUCAAUAGUUACUCCGCAUCAACACGUGUCACAUGUAAGCAACGGCGGCGAAGAAUCUACCAAGAGUAAAGAAGCAUCACCUGAAGAUGGGAAAACCGGCGGAAGAAGACGAAAGAGACCCGCGCAACGAGGCAAGCCACCUUACAGCUAUAUCGCACUGAUUGCUAUGUCGAUAGCCAACUCGCCGGAACGAAAACUGACUCUUGGUGGCAUCUAUAAGUUCAUCAUGGACCGAUUCCCGUUUUACAGAGACAAUUCUAAAAAAUGGCAAAAUUCCAUCCGCCACAAUUUGACAUUGAAUGACUGUUUCGUGAAGUUGCCGCGUGAGCCCGGUCGUCCCGGUAAAGGCCACUACUGGACGUUGGACCCAGCAGCCGAAGAUAUGUUCGACAACGGUAGCUUUUUGAGGCGGCGUAAACGAUUCAAGCGAUCGGAUCCAACUGAGGGUGGUUAUUUGAACGGACACGGUUACAUACAAGAUAGUGCCUUCACACCGACCGCCACUGGCCGUGCACACUACCAAGCUAUGUAUGGACAAACGUUAUACAGUCAACAGAACACAGCGUAUACGCCGGGAACGCAUCAUCCAGCGAUGCUAUCUCAUUAUCCGACUACGGCCACAGCACAUCCACCUGCCAUGGCGACAACAUCUGCACCUCGCAUCUUCACCAUAGAUAAUAUAAUUAACCAUGAUCGUCAAGGGCCAUUAGCAAACGGUACUCUUUCAUCCCACCAUGGACUGAGUUCAUCAUAUGUACCAAACGCGUUUGCGUCGUCAACCAUCGAUUUAACUCCAAGAUCGUCGACUUCCGAUCAAAGCCGGAGCACCUGUGGAAGUCCGCAGUCGAUUCAUUCCUCGCCGGUCAUUCCGUCAAACAUAUCCCCUGAUCGGGCUACUACCACUUUCGCGUCACACGCAGCAUAUCCCUACGCAACGAUACAAAGUGCGGGACCGGAUACAAGUACUAAUAUUUUCACGAAUUCAUCACUUCACACUGCGAACAAUAUACCGAUGAGCUCCACGUCAUCGGCACCUAGGUAUCCCGGUUCAUGCGUAGAGAACGACUUCGCGUUUUCCUUCGCCGCCAACGCUGCGGCGACUAGGUUUAACACGUCUCAUCAUUUUAUUCGACAGAAUACAUUUGGGCAUGAAAGGCUCAUUCCCCAGACAUCAAUCUAAGCAGAGUAAGACACUGUUAUCACCGAGUGGUAAAUGAGAGACUAUUAACAUAAUAUAGUUUUUCCAGUUUUAUUUUUUUAUUUCAAAGUAUUUACAAUAGUAGCUUUAUAGUAGUCGCUGACUUGUAACUAUAAUAUUAUAUAUGUACAAACGUACAUACACAAAUAAUUGCCAUUUGUCGAAUAUGCACUCAUAAAUACAGGUUUUCCAUUUUAACAAGUUUAAAUUAUACAAUCUUGUAUCUCGUUACUCAGUUUAACGUGUAAUUAUAUGUACACCCAACGUUCACACAGACACCGCCUUCAGUUAUGUACGACUCGGUCCGAGUCUUAAAUUCCUUUAAACCUACUGACUAUGCAUAAUCCGGUCCCUGGUAUAUUGUGCUGUCGAAAUCGCUUUAUUCGAUUUACGGAUUGCGAAGCAAAGACAGACACAUGGCGACAGUGCGAGUUUGCCAUGCAAUACGAUCUACCUGUCUCUACCCACAGUCGCACCCUAUCCAAAAGCACUUUCUCUUUUUUACACUUUUUUUUGGAGACGGUUAAUGGGGAUUAUAACUUCUUAUGUCUUAGCUAAAUCAAGGCUGACUGAAUUAUUCCAAGUAGAAUACUGUUUGAUUGUUCACGGAGUUAAUUAUACCCGAAUUCGAGGCUGAAAUCCAUUUAUUUUCAAGUAGCGUUCCACAAGUGGGUGGCAGGUUUGGAAUUCCAUGGUAAAACUCAAUCAGAAAUGUCAACACGAUUUUCUAUUUUUGCAGUUCGUUUUUUUUUUUUUUCUUUUUCUCAAAUUGAAAAGUCAAUACAAAGGAUAUAUGCUAUAUACCAAUGUUACCAAACACGUAUUUUGUUGUUGUUUAGCUAUUUUAUUUUUAUCUAAUUUAAUAUUGCCUCCCUCUAUAUAGAAAGUUCUCUCUCCCUUCGACACAGGAACAAUUUUACACACAUAAUGUAACUAAACUCACAGGUAGUAGAAGAUAUUGUCAGUCAGCGCUACAACGUUGGCAAAAAUAGUGUAUUUUAGAGUUCUGAAUAUUAUAAAGAUAAUUACUAUUAUAAUACAAAUAUUAACUACAUGUAUUUCUUUUAAAAUGUAUAUAGCAUGCAUUUGUGUGCGUUUAUUUUGUUAUUUUAUAUCAGCUAUAAGCAGUAUUCUUUUCCAGUUUGUUUUGUAAAUCGUGCGUUAGUUUGUUUUACUUGAUAAGAUUGCUGUUACCAAGAUCCAAAUAAAAAGUACACGAUGCAUUAAUAGUAA